AUGAAAAUUUGUGUAUUAAUCGUAAUCGUGUUUCUACAAGCGUUAUCAGCUCAAACAGCUUUUGAAAUGAAACCAGGAUUCACUUUUGAUGCGAGUCUUAAUGAUGCUCAUGAGAGUAUUCAGUUUAAAUUCGAAUUUCCCGAGGAGUUCUAUAUUAGUAUCGGAUUUGGAUAUACGAUGCAAAAUGCUCCGAUGGUCGUUGUUUUUGAUAAAGUAGGCGAUGGAGAGACUACCCCUAUGAUUAUGGAUGUUUAUUCGACAAACCAUCACAAACCUAAAGACAACACAGAAAAUAUUUAUAAGAUGGUUGAUGCUAGUUACUUCAAUGGAGCUUGGACUGUUAUUAUUGAGAGACCGCUUGAUAUCUCCAGGGAUGGCAGGGAUGAAUCAAUAAAUCUCGAUCAGUCUAUAGCAAUGCAAUAUGCUUUUCACAAAGCUGCAUGGAAGAAGCACACCAAGAAUGAUCGAGGAAUCUUCAACAUGACGAUUGACUCUGUUUCAGGAAGAGUCUCCUACAAUAAACUUGUCAUGACCAGAGAUGUGUUUUACCUUGCUCAUGGUAUUAUUCUAUACAUUACAUGGAGCAUUUUGACCUUCUUUAUCGUUGCAUCAGGUAGAUACAUGAAACACUUGUACAAUUUCAGGAUGAUUCUUCACAUAGCUCUAGGACUUCUUAUGACAAUUAGUACCUUGAUUAUAGUGCUUAUUUCAUUGUUUAAGUACCCAUCUUACACUGUGGUUAAAUACAACCAUUCGCCAAUAGGAAUAACUGUAACAGCUCUUUCAGUUGCCCAAACUUUAGGAGGAUUUGCUUCUAAAAUAUCAAAUUCUAAAUCAAGGAAGAACUUAAAAUUUGCAAAGUUUUCCAAAAUUGGUCACAAACUCUUCGGAUUUAUUUUAAUCUUCUUAUCAAACCUUGAAGUUGCCACUGGGAUGUAUUGAUACAGGACUCCUAUAAGGAAGCUGAUAUUCAUCCACUUUACUGUAAUGGUACUCUGUAUUGCCCUUUUUGAGUACAUUUAUUCCCUGCAUUUCGAUUAUUUCGGAAAAGGAGUUCUGAAAAAGAGUGAUCUCGUCAAAUACACUCGUGAAGAGUUUGACUCCUUAGUGCAGCAAGGCAGAAAAGUAGUGCUGUUCAACAACUACAUUAUUGAUGUAGCAUCUUUCAUUGAUGAGCAUCCAGGCACAGCCUUAGCUAUCACCCAGAAUAUUGGGCAGGACGUGGGAAAAUAUAUCUUUGGUGCAACUGGAAUGAAUUGUGACGUGCCAAAGUAUUGUCAUUCCAGCUAUUCGAUCAAGAUUUUAGAAAAACUAGCAAUUGGCAAAAUGUGAACUACAUCUAAAGAAAUCACAGAGUAUUGGGAGAAACCAACACCCAAAGAGAGCGUCUUCGUUGUCGAGGAAAAAUCUACUAUAUUUGAUGAUGUUGUCAGAGUGAAAAUGAGAGUUCUCAAACAAAAAGAAGCUAUCUCUAGAAAGCAUCAAGUGAAUGAUCUGAGGUAUUCUGGUAUGGGUUAUUCCAUCACAUCUCUUAAAGACCAGCUUUGAAGGUACUAUACAAUUUGCGACUGUAUGAGAGACGAAGUAUAUCAGAGAUACUGCAAGAUAUUCACAGCUGUCUCUGAGGGUUCACCAAUUGAAGAUACUGACACCAAUAUCCAAGACCUCUUUGAUGAUAGCCUUGAGUUUGUAGUUAAAAAGUACCCAAAAGCUAAAACUGGCAUGUCAGUGCGUCUAUCUAAUGCAUCUGAUCUUGAUAAAUUUUAUGUUAAUGGUCCCCUAGGAAAGCCAUUUGACUUUUCUCCUGAGAAUAGUGAAGGGAUCAACGUCAUAUUCUGUGCCGGGACUGGUAUUCUGCCAUUUAUGGAUCUAUUUGCUUAUCUUGGACGAAAAAUUAUGAAUGAGGAAGGACACUUCAAAGAUGAAGAGUUCAAUGAAAUUGGAGAAAAAUCUCAGUUUAUAAUCCAUGCAUAUUUCUCGACCAGAGAAUCAUGUAUCGGAAUUGAACUAGUAGAAGCUGUUCAAAAGCUCUACCAGAAACAUCACAAAGGGUACAAAUUCAACUUAAAUCUAACCCUUACACAAUCAGGUGGUGAGAAGCUAACCGACGACUCUCUUCUUGAGCUCUUACAGGACUAUUCUGAUGCGAAUCAGGGUAUAAACAGACUCAUGGUGUGUGGACCUCCUCCAAUGGAGUGCCAAUUUCAGAGACUUUCAUCCAAAAUCAUCAAGCGGACGCACCUUCCUGCCCACAUGUUUCAUAUUUUAUAACCUAAUCAACUCUUUCAAUA